AUGAUCAGCUGCAAGAUCCAAGUCUAUCAAAAAGCCAUCCUCAGCAACCGACAGGUGCUGCACGUCCACACCAACCUCAAAGAUAUCAUGCCCUCAUCAAACUCUAGUGAUUCGUCCACACUGAAACAUCGGCAAGCUGCUGCAGUGACCAACUCUCAGUCCUCCAGCCAGGUCACCUCAAUGCUGGCCAUGGACCCGCAACAGAGAGCCUUUAGGCUCCCCAUACAUAUUCGGAACCAGUUGUGCCUAUUGCUGGAUCCUCCCAAUGCACGAGGCACUGAUUGGCGAAUGCUUGCUCAAGCAUUAACAGUUGACAGAUAUAUCAACUAUUUUGCGACCAAACGAAGCCCCACAGAACACAUUCUGGACCUUUGGGAGGCCCGCCAUCGAGAAGACUCAGCCAUUACAGACUUGAUGAAUAUUUUACGGGUGAUGGGGCGAAUGGAUGCUGCCGCAGUCCUGGAGAAAGACUCUGGAUCUUGGUUAUGA